GGGCGUAGCCUGGCCGCCGCCGCCCCCGCCGACAAGGCCAAGCUCACGCACCCCGGCAAGGCCAUCCUGGCAGGUGGCCUGGCUGGAGGGAUCGAGAUCUGCAUCACAUUCCCUACCGAGUAUGUGAAGACACAGCUGCAGCUGGAUGAGAAGGCAAACCCUCCCCGCUACAAGGGCAUCGGGGACUGUGUGAAGCAGACUGUCCGUGACCAUGGCAUCCGGGGGCUCUACCGGGGGCUCAGCUCACUGCUCUACGGUUCCAUCCCCAAGGCUGCUGUCAGGUUCGGGAUGUUCGAGUUCCUCAGCAACCAGAUGAGAGACGAGCAGGGGCGGCUGGACAGCACGCGGGGCCUCAUCUGCGGGCUGGGGGCUGGCGUGGCCGAGGCUGUGGCUGUGGUCUGCCCCAUGGAGACUGUGAAGGUGAAGUUUAUCCAUGACCAGACCUCUCCCAACCCCAAAUACCGUGGUUUCUUCCAUGGCGUCCGGGAGAUCGUUCGGGAACAGGGACUGAGGGGGACCUACCAGGGCUUAACUGCAACUGUCCUCAAGCAAGGAUCAAACCAGGCCAUCCGCUUCUUCGUCAUGACCUCCCUCAAGAACUGGUACAAAGGGGACAAUCCCAACAAGGCCAUGAACCCCUUCAUAACAGGGGUGUUUGGAGCCGUUGCUGGAGCUGCGAGUGUCUUCGGCAACACGCCUUUGGACGUGGUGAAGACCAGGAUGCAGGGGCUGGAAGCACACAAGUACAGGAACACCUGGGACUGUGCCUACCAGAUCAUGAAGCACGAAGGGCCCCUGGCGUUUUACAAGGGUACAGUGCCUCGCUUGGGCCGUGUGUGUCUUGACGUAGCCAUCGUCUUCAUCAUCUACGAUGAGGUGGUCAAAUUCCUCAACAAGGUGUGGAAAACGGACUGAGGGGCCGGGCCAGGCAGCCCCGCUUCCUGUUCCCCGCAGGGCUUCAGCUGGAGAGCAGAGACCAAAUCCAUACCCACCUGCGGCGCUGCUGGGGCCAGGUCUGCCCUGCACACCCCAAACUUGGCCACCUUUAUCCUUAGGAACAGCUCUGAAGCAGGUUAAAUUACUAGUUGUGUGCUGAAAGGAGCAGGGAGGGAGCUGCAUCCCACCAUUCCAACCCCCACCAUCCCGGUCAUGCCCAACCCAAUCUCCCAGUGACACUUUCUUCCAGCCCCACAUCAGCUGUGUGCGCUGGUUAACCAGGCUGAGAUGUCCCUCGGACAGUGGCCUUGGGGCUCCCAGCAGCCAGGAGCUCCUGCCUGCCUAGGGAGCAGCUCUUUUGGGGGUGCUGACAGCCCCCUCAUUGGGUACAAUGUCAAGCUGUACAUCACAAGCUGACAAUGGGGCUGAUGCCACUGGCAGGAUCACAGCAGCUCUUGGAGGGGGCUCAGCAGCCCUGCACCCCCUGGGAUGGGAGGGCAGUGACCCCCUGGUGUGUCCCCAGGUUCCCUCCUCCCUCCUUGCCAGCACCAAGACCACAGGUGUGCAACAUCCCAUCCCAGGGAUCCUGCUCAGCCCCAAGCUGCUGAGCAGCAGUUGCCCCAAAUUGCACAUACAG